GUAACUACAAUUCAAACCAUUCAACAAGACUUUUCAAGACCUUCAUCAAAACCUUUUAUUGAUAAACAUCAUUCUCAAUCAACCUUCAAAGCAUUCAUUGAACCAUGUCAGAUCAACCACCAGCUUUAGUUCCAACCGAUCCAAGUUCAUCAAAACAAAGUAAUCCUUCAAGUACUGAAGCUUCUGGUUCUAGUUCACCUGAAAAAGUCGAAGAUGUUAAGAUGGAUACUGAAGCUGAACUCGAUCCUGAGAUUUUGAAAUCUUCACCAGAAGAAAUCAUGACUCGUACUAGAUUACUUGAUAAUGAAAUCAAAAUUAUGCGAUCUGAGAAUAUGACAUUACAACAUGAAGCAGCCAUGAUGCGAGACAAGAUAAAAGAUAAUACAGAUAAGAUCAAGAACAACAAACAAUUACCAUUCCUAGUAUCGAAUGUAGUCGAGAUCUUAGAGAUGGAUCCAGACAAUCACGAAACAGAAGAAGAAGGAGCCCAGAUCGAUUUAGAUUCGGUUCGGAAAGGCAAAUGUGCAGUGAUCAAAACAUCUACUCGACAAACGAUCUUCUUACCCUUGAUUGGUUUAGUGGAUUCGGAGAAACUGAAACCGGGAGAUCUGAUUGGUGUCAAUAAAGAUAGUUAUCUAGUGCUCGAUACUUUACCGGCUGAAUAUGAUUCGAGAGUCAAGGCUAUGGAAGUGGAUGAAAGACCUACUGAAACGUAUACUGAUAUUGGUGGAUUGGAUAAACAAAUUGAAGAAUUGGUCGAAGCUGUCGUCUUGCCCAUGCAACAAGCUGAUAAGUUUAAGACUCUGGGUAUCAAACCUCCUAAAGGAGUCUUGAUGUAUGGUCCACCUGGAACGGGUAAAACUCUCUUAGCUCGUGCAUGUGCUGCUCAAACCAAAGCAUGUUAUUUAAAACUCGCAGGCCCUUCACUUGUUCAGAUGUUUAUUGGUGAUGGAGCGAAAUUAGUUAGAGAUGCAUUUGAAUUAGCCAAAGAAAAAGCACCGGCAAUUAUAUUUAUUGAUGAAUUAGAUGCGAUUGGAACUAAACGAUUUGAUAGUGAAAAGUCAGGUGAUCGAGAAGUUCAAAGGACUAUGCUUGAACUUUUGAAUCAACUUGAUGGGUUUGGAAGUGAUGAUCGGAUUAAGGUUAUUGCUGCUACAAAUCGAAUUGAUAUUUUGGACCCUGCUCUUCUUAGGUCUGGAAGACUUGAUAGGAAAAUCGAAUUCCCACUUCCUACUGAAGACGCAAGAGCAAGAAUCAUAGAAAUUCAUUCUAGAAAGAUGAAUGUAGCUAAAGGUGUGAAUUUUGAAGAAUUAGCCAGAUCGACUGAUGAAUUUAAUGCAGCUCAAUUAAGAGCAGUAGCCGUGGAAGCAGGAAUGAUUGCUCUGAGAGAAGGAGCUAAUGAGAUUCAUCAUGAACAUUUCUUAAGUGGGAUCUUAGAGGUUCAGAGUAAGAAGAAGAAUGACCAGUUUUAUUUUGCUUGAGAAGGUUGGUUGGUGAUGGAUUGUUUUGGUUGUAAGAAAGAGAUUUAUGUGAUGUUUUUGAUGACUUGAAUCAUAAAAGAUUAAUUAUAUUUUGUAUUGAACACUGAGUGAGAUGAUGUUGAUACUCCUAAAGUACAUACAUCAAAAUACAAUUUGAUAAGAUUUAUGUAGAAUUUC